AUGCGACCAUUUUAGUGCAAGGGGAGACGACCCAAAUCUUCUUCUCCUUACCACCACAGGAGGAAUGGUAAUGGAAGACUGCGAACCCAACUCCUGCUCCUCCUCUUCUUCCUCCUGUUCCAGCCCUAUCAAUGCCAGGAAGGAGGCUCGCAAGGGUGCUAGUUCUGAUGCCGGCGACGGCGGCGGCGGAGGUAGGAAGAAGAGGAGCAACGACGGGAAGCACCCUGUGUACCGAGGCGUCCGGAUGAGGAGUUGGGGGAAAUGGGUGUCGGAGAUCCGGGAGCCGCGGAAGAAGUCGCGGAUCUGGUUGGGGACCUUCCCGACGGCGGAGAUGGCGGGGCGGGCGCACGACGUGGCCGCGCUGGCCUUGAAGGGCCCUGCCGCCCACCUCAACUUCCCGCAUUUGGUCUCCGAGUUCCCCCGACCCGCCUCCUCUGCUCCCAAGGACAUCCAGGCCGCCGCUGCCCUCGCAGCCGCUCUGGCGCCGGACGCCGCGUCGUCAACCCCGUCCACUAGCGGUGACGCGGACGACGCGCUGUUCGAUCUCCCCGACCUGUUUCUGGAUGGGGGCGGGAAGGAAGGGCUACGCUACGUGGCUUCCUCCUCGUCGUGGCUGCCGCCGGCGGCGGCGGCGGAUGAAGCUGUUGAGUUCCUAAUGGAGGAGCCAUUCUUCUGGGCCUAUUAAUCUACUAUGUGCUCUCAUGCUCACCAUUGCCUCAAUCUGUUAUUCUCGACUUCAUCAGAAGAACAGAGCUGCAAAUGGGAGCUCCCUUGCCGGAAUUCAAUCCCACCGUAUCCAGAUUUUUCAGUAAAUGAAUUCUCUGUCUCACUCAACAGCAAUUCUAUUCUUCCACUUGUUCUAUAUGGCAUCAAUUUCACUGUACAUACUUCUUUUUUGUGAGUUGUAAUCCUUCUUAAUGUUGCUGUAAACGAGUGAAACAUAAUCCCCGAGUCUCUUGUGUGCAAUUGAGGAAAUAGGAGGAACAAGAUGGUGGUUUGGUUUAGAUUUCUUUGCUGAAAUGGAAACCACUGACUUGCUGCCAUUGCAUGUGUCGUGUUGCUUUAAUCCAACUGGUGUAGUGACAAAAAGUAAGGCACUUCUCCUUUUAUUUAUGCAAUUUUACAUUGAUUCAUGAGUUGCCAAUGGUCUUGGUUUUAAUAUGAGCUAUGAAUGACGAUAGUGCGCACUUAGAUUGGAAUAGAAAAAUAUCCAACAAAGAAUCAAUAUGUAAGGAGUUACUUAGAUGACUGUAGAUAUUGUCUUUAUGAAGAAUCCCUUGAGAAUAAUUAUGAAUGAUGAUUGUGUUGAGCUCUAAUAAAGAAUCAUGCUGGUUUUGCAUAAAUGAAUAAUGAAGAAUAGUAAUGUGAAACUUGACAAACUAUGCUUCAGUAAUAUUUUUCAAUCCAUCAAUGUUUGAUGAAGUUUAUGCAUAUGAUUUGGCAAGUGUUGUAGUCUUAGAAGCAGUACAAUGUAAAUUUCCUCACCUUGAUAUCUAUUAAAAUAAAUGCAUUUAUGAAGUGAUUGUUACUAUAAUACCAUUAGUCAUUUGAACUUGAGUCGAAACAUACAUGACAGCGUACAAGUUUGCAUUGGAGAAACCAAAACCCUUCAUCAUAAGUCGAUGGUAUGUGAUUUAUCAAAGUGACAGGAAGUUCUUUGUUCUCUGUAAUUGAAAGGAAAGUUGGAAAUCAAAGUCUGGACAUAAUUUGCACCUAAUAAUAAUGGCCUUUGAUUUUGCCCAGGUUGGCUGGACAUGUGGCACCAGAGACUGUUGACUGCCAUAACUUCACUCUCUCCCUCACCUUCAGGAAUCAAUGCACAGGGAACGGAAAUUUGCAAGUGAUGCCAAAUUCAAGGUGCAUUAUUGUCCCGUGAAUGAAUGAUGUGGAUUGGUGUUUCACAAAUCUUGUGAGUUGCCAAUUUGGCAAUGAACAACUUAAUGUGAUGAUAAAUAACUGUGAAAAGUAAAAGGCAUGUUUGGAAAAGGAGUAUGGUUGUGAACAGUCUGUAUCUAGCAUUAAGUUUCAGUCAUGAUGAUGGCAUGCAGUAAUAGUUGCUAAGAAUCAGUGCAUGGAAACAUGGUGACUGAUCUCCUUGCAGCCUGUAGCAACUUGGAUGUGGUUUGGAACUUGAUUCUUCACUUUUUCUUUGGCAAAGAGGCAUAAAAUUUACACUCUAGUGUUUGUUGAUCUUCUGUUUACAGUAUGAAAGGCGUCAGCUUUUUUCAGUACCAUAAGACAAGUAAUCAGUAGGCAAUGAGACAAGAAGGCAAAGUUUUUUACUUGACUUCACCUGAUGGCAGACCUCAGCAGAGGUAGAUAACAAGCAAAGCAUAAAGGUUGAACCAUUUAUUCUUUAGUUGCAUAGGAAGCGAAGAAGAAGAGUAAUUUACAGUGAAGCACUCAACUUUAAAGUGCAAAAGCAAUUCCUGAUGAGCCCCUUUUACCACUAUUAUGAGAUGCUUGUAUGCUUUUGAUGUGUGUCAUUCCAUCCUUCUUAUUGGAUCAAGAAGUCUCAUGCUGAAGUUUCAUUUCACAGAAUU